AUGGCAAACUUCGCUGGUAAAUAUCACUAUCACCAUAACGAGAAUUUCGAAAAAUACAUGGAAACAAUUGCUGGAGCAGCUGGAGCUGACGCAGCCAAAAAGUUCCAUGAAUACAAACCAUACUUUGUAGUCACAGUCUCUGGUGAUUAUUAUACAUUUACUUUAUAUUUUGGUGAUAAAGAAAUCACCAAUUCUUUCUAUCUUGGAACGGAAUUUGACGAGAAAACUUUCUACUUUGAAACAUUCAAGACCGUUUGCAAGAAAUAUGAUAACAAACUCGUAUUUGUCAGCAAAUUUUCAAAUGGAAAUACAUCAACUCGUGAAUACGAAUUUACACAUGGCAAAGUUAAAGCUUACUAUUAUGAGGAGAAACAUGGAGUCACAGCAACUGUUUGGUUCGAACAUCACGCUUAA